AUGUUCAGUCCAGGGCAACUGGUUUCGACUCUCUCACCCUCUGUCUUCCACUCCACCCCGAUGCGUUUUUUCCCAGCUUUUCCCAUGGGACUGAGCUCCCAGCGCCUCCCCAGCCUCCUGGUCCCCAGACCCCUGUUCACCUAUGAAAUCCUGCGAGGUUACCUGCAGCCUGAGCCCGGAAAGCAGGCUCUGCUCCUGGCCAUGCACACAGGCAGAAUGGUGAACGUUGCAGAGAGCACAGAGGAAGUACAGCCAGUCAAACAGAGGCGGGCACGUGCCAACUAUAGCAGCUGGCAGCUGGAGGAGCUGGAGAAGGCCUUCAAGAACACACACUACCCUGACAUCUUCAUGAGAGAGGCCCUGGCCCUCCGCCUCGACCUCAUCGAGGCCAGAGUCCAGGUGUGGUUUCAGAACCGCAGAGCUAAGUUGCGUCGGCAGAUGAAGCUGCAGGGCGUGGCUGGGGAGAGGUCCUCUGAAAAAGACAGCGAGGAGAUUGUAGUCGUGUCUGGCCAAAGCGCCCAGGACCCACAGAGCUCUGAAUACAGCCACAGAGACAGGAAGCAGGAGAAGGGAUGUUACCCCUGUCCAAGGACCCAGCCCCCAGCGCCACCCAUCUUACCAGCCACACCCUUCCAGAAGGAAGUAGAAGGAGGCCAGGCGCGGAGAAAGGAAGCAGAGAUCCAUGCCUGCAGUGCAGCCUCACUGUGA